GGCGGAGGCUAGGGAGGGAGGAACAGAGCGAGAGGGAGAGAAAGAGGGAGCGCUUGAAAACGAGCAAUAGAUAGAGGGAGGGAACGAGAGUGGAGACGGAGAUAAAUACGUAGUGCAAAAAUAUUCUGCAGAAAUUUAAAAGCAAGAGGUAAUUGUUUAUUUAUUUUCAUUGGAACUGGUUUUUAUUUAUUUAAUUGUGAGGUUGCAAAGAGAGAACGCGUGCGUAGACGGUCAGAUCGAGACGAAGGUGAAGACACACUGCAGUGGAGCUGGAAUAUGGAUGCACAGUCUGAGAGCUGUGAGCCGCCGCCAUGUGACCCGCAGCCUCCAGGUAAAAUCAGGAAAGCCUUCAAGCUGUUCGGCAAGCGGAAACCAGGCAGCAGUGUCACCAGCAUCUUUUCCAUGCGUGGGAAAGGAGAUGGAGGCCCUAAAUCACCGCCGUCGAGGAGCGAUACUCAGGAUGGAUUAAAUGAGCCUACCGCCCCAGAAGCAGAAGCAGAGCAAGUGGAUCUUGACCAGGAGGAGGAGAGUCAACAGGAAGAUGCUCCGAUGGGCGAGUUUACAAGUGAGAACAUGAGGCAGUCCAUUUCCUCUCUCACCUCAGCUAAGUCUCUGAGCUUCCUUAAUGUGCUUCGCAAAGGCAGACGAGGAGUAGCGGGAGAACGGCAGGCUCAGACCGAGUCUCAAAGGCCUGGACGGCAACGAAAAGGCCUAAAGGGAUUGUUUAGUAAUGUACGCUGGCCUGGUAAAGAAAAGGAGGCUGAAGAGGAAGCUGAACCUGGUCCUCCCCUUGUUGCUUCCCGCUCUAAUAGCGUUGAGAUUAUAAAGGAAAGCCUCACAUUGACACCUGGUCCAAUUCCUCGCACUGUGGAGGACAAGCAACAGGAAGAACAGCAACAGCUUCACACACCACAAGAGGGCCCCACAUCAUCAAAGGACUCUUUAAAGGUAAGCGAGGCAACAAUACCACCAACAAAUGAACGUUUGAGCACACUGCUUGGAGAUAUCUCAUCAAUUUUAAGCUUUGAUACGUUGACGCCAUGUGGAGAUAUUGUAGCAGACGUUGAGGCAGAAUGGGUCAAAGCCAGCAGUCGAAUGGGUGGAGAUACCACGCUGAAGGUGGAUGAUUCUGACAAAACUUCUUCUGCUUCAAUCAGAUCAAAGCCAAGCCCUUCACCUACAUCAACUUUGAGCCCCACAUCCUCCAAGCCUUCCCCUACUUCAGCUGCCAAACCCAUCCCUUCACCUAUCAUUUCAGCUACCAAACCCAUCCCUUCACCUAUCAUUUCAGCUACCCAACCCAUCCCCUCACCUAUCAACACAAAACCCAUUACCAGCCCUUUGCCAAAACCAACAGUUUCCUCACCAACAUCCUCUCCAUUGACCAAAACGCCACAGUCUAUUUCAUCUGCCCCUAUUUUUCCCACUCAAUCUAGCCCUCCUGCCAGGCCGACACCAACCCCAGCAGCUACGCCCAUAGCUCAGCCUACACCAACACCAAUACCUUCCCCAAUAGCUAAAGACACAUCUACCCCAAUUACUCACUUCACUCCAACACCCACUUUAUUCUCUAAUACACAGUCUACACAGAGUGCUACAUCAAGCCCCACCGCUAAACCUAUUACUUCCCCGACCAAACCUGCCCCGUCCCCUAAAUCUAGCCCUGAACUCAAACCCACCACAAUUACAUCAUCUAGCUUCACAGCUGCCUCCAUUAACAAACCUAUCCCAAUCUCAACACCUGCUCCUCUCUCAAUCUCUUCCCCAACUUCUGAAUCCUCCCCUCCGCCCUCAAAAAGUACCACUCCAACCUCUGCUGCUGUUAUCAAAACAGAAGUUGCCCCGACCCCUGUUGCUAAACUCACCCAAGCUCCAACUCCUGCAUCAAAACCAACUACCUCUGCAGCUAAACAACAACCACCACCAUUUAUUAUAUAUGGUAAACCUCCUUCAACCAGUGCACCAAGACCAAGACCAAAACUUAUAACAACAUUUGGAUUAUCAACAAGCAGCAAUACCGCUCCUAUUACAAGGCCUGACCCGAAGCCGCCAACGGGACAAACUACAAAAUCCAUCAACCAAAGUGACAAAAAUGCCCCAACUGUAAGGAAACCCUCUAUCUCUGAUUCGUCUACUAAACCACUAUCUCCUGUUAGCCACACAGUGGCUGCUGUGUCAUCAAACUCUUUUCAGAGAACAGAAGAGGAAAAAAGCAUGAGUUCAAGGAAGGAUUUAAGAACUGAUACACGAGACUCUGUGGCUACCCAAAGCAUCACCAAACCAGUGAAGAGGGGCACCGCAGUCAAGCCCACAACUCUAAGCAAAAUACCUGUAAGUGGCGGAGGCAGACCUGCAAAGCAGCAGCAUCGAGAGGCCCAGCCCAAUGGAGAUGACGACCACUCCAAUCUUUCGACACCAGUAAAUGAAGAGCAGGGUCAAUUUUCUCUCUCACGGGAAAAUAGCAGCAAGGAGACCCUCAGUGAUAUCUCCACAGAAUCAGGCGCUAUCACCCCAACCCCCGGUCAAGAGGACAUUUUUGACCCCAACCUUGGUUUGCAGAGUUCGGCAUGCGGUGCAGCGGGUGCCACGAGCUUGUCCCGGGAAUCAAAGAUUCCAGUCAAACACGGAACCACUCCAACCUACCAUUCAAUGCAGGGAAGGACAGAGGUUGCACGUUCUAGGAUACCCGUGUCCAAAGUGCCCGUCCGCCGGACCAGCAAUAAGCCUGCACCAACAGCUACAGCUGCCAACCCCAGAAAAUAACUCAUGUUCUUGUUCGGUUCAUGUCGAGACCUAAAACAUUUCACUGGCAACUAUUUUCUCAAGAUCUUUGAUAUACAGUAAGGCAUCACUUUGCCUGGUGCAAGCCUUUUGCAGCUAAUUUCUUCCCAACUGGAUUGUUACGGUUAUUCGAACUCAUUUGCGUCACACGGUUACCUUUUUGUAUCAACUAGAUGUUUCCAUUCAUUUCAUCAUUGCACAGACUAUUUCUUUGGAUUUAACCCUGUGUGCCAACAGGAACAGACGGCGCACACACACACAGCCCCUAAAUGUUUCCCAUGGCAACCUGACAUGCAAAUUAAAAAGCAGGCACUAAAGCACAAGAGCCCUCACCUGCAAUCAAAAGCCACGUAGGCCUUCUCUGUAGAAACAAGAAAGGCUGUCUAUUAUCUCUGGAGAAGAGCAUCAAAAUGAUCUGUAAUGGUUUUGUGGUACUUAAAAGCCUCAGAGAAGAAACAAGCAAUCUAACACGGAGUCUUGUGGGUUUUUAUUCAGGUCUACAACACCCAAAGGGCGCAGUAUCAUCCGAACGGUGCUUUUCUUUUUUGGCCUGCCACACUGGAAAAUAUUGUUAUAGAGAAAUGAAGGCUCUUUGUAGCCUUUGUUACUUUAAGAUUUUCUUGUCUUGACUUUUUUUCAAGUGAACUUUGUGGAUCAAUGUUCGUCUUCUUGGAGCCCCCACGUGUUGUAUGCAAAUAAACAGAACCUCUCAACGUGUACAGUUGACGCCAAGACAGGAUAUUCAGCGGUAUCUUUCGAAUGUAUGUAGCAGAACGCAUGCCCUUCUUUCUCGACCACAUGAGCUCAGUUUCUGUCUCUCCUCAUCGUCCUUUUCUUGCUGUUUUUGAAACACUGUGCCAGUCAGCUGUCUGUGUAUAUAACGUGCCAUCAAAGACUUGUGGAUAUGAGGACAUGAUUGUUCUUCCUGCCUGCAGUGAACAUUGUUUGAGACUUCUAGUCCGAGGACAAUAUAGGUGAUGUUUCACAGGCAGUUGGUGUUAUACAGUACUGUAGGUAAGCUACUGUAAGAUUUUGUGGAUGACAACAGUGUCCUGGUUCGGAUGGAUAGAUCAUUUGUUAAGUUGCCGUCACAUGGACAUGUUUAAUAGAGGUUUAUUUUUGGGUGUCUGUGUGAGUGCGUUAUGUGGGUGGAUCUUGAUGUUACACUGUUUCCUAUUUAAUCAAUAAAAUGUGAUUAUACCUACGAUAGAAUGGCUUCUUGCAA